AAUGGUUGGAUAAUUCAAUUGCUAAUGAACAUAUUAAAUUUUAUGACAAAUCGAAUUUCAAAAAUAAGCAGUUCAUAGGAAGAGGUUCAUAUGGAACCGUUUAUCGAAUUAACUGGAAAAAUAAACAUUUUUUCGCUUUGAAAACUUUUAAUAAUGAUCAAGAAGCCACUAAAGAAGUUGUGAAAGAGUUAAAGCUGCACCGGAAAGUUAAUAAUCAUAAAAACAUUAUUCAAUUAUAUGGUGUCACAAUGUUAGAACCAAGAUUAAGCAUUGGUAUAGUUUGCGGAAAAAGAGAAAAUAUUGUUGACGGAACUCCUAUUUUUUAUAGUAAUUUAUAUGAAGCAUGUUGGAACAACGAACCAAAUGAACGUCCAAAUAUACAAGAAGUUGUUUCAACACUUGAAGGCAUAAUCUCUCCCAAACUAACUGGUACAAUUAUGAACAAUAUUAAUGACAAUGAAAUUGAUGGUAGUGAAUCUAAUUGUAAA